CACCUGUGGUCUUUUUAGCCUUUUUUGAUGUGGGUCUGAGAAGUCAAAGACGUAAGUGACAAAGCCAUAAGCAACACCUUGUUCUCAUUCUUCUUGCCUUUGAACUCAGCCUGUAAAAUGGCCACUGAGGAAGAAAAGGCUUUGACCGCAAACCUUUUGAAAGACCACACAAAAGAGAAGGCCAAAGCCCAAUUUGAUAAGCUUACAAACAUUGUUCAAGGCUCCACUGCACAAGUCAAGAAGACCACCCAUGACAUGGCAGAAAAGGCCGAGGAUUUGAAAGAGAAGACGAAGAAGACCAUCUUAGGAAGACAAGAAGAAAAUGAUGACUCAGUUCCCUCUCAAGAUGAGAUUCAUGACCCAGAGGAGCCAGGGCGAACCAAGAAGAGCAAUCUUCCCAAACCGACCAAAAGACAAGUGGUCGAAUUCAUCAGUUACAUAUCUGUUUGCAUCUUAGUGUAUAUCUUGGGCUACAUGCACUACACUUUUUUGUUGAUAUUCAUUCCUGUCCUUCUUUACGUAAUUUAUGUCCACCAGAAAGUGAUCAAGAAUGAAAAGGCUCUGUUAUUCAAGGCCAUCUCAGAGGAAGGCGAGGAACAUGCUUUGAGGGCCAGACUCAAGGAGUUCCCAUCAUGGUUCAAUUUUCCUGAUGUCGAAAGGGUUGAGUGGAUCAACGAAAUGGCCAAGAUUUUCUGGCCGCACAUUUCAGAUUAUGGAGACCGCAUCUUAAGACUCCAAGUUGAGCCUGUGGCUCGAGAGGCCUUGGAGAAAUACAGACUUUGGGGCUUCAAGUUCCGCCAAAUCCAAUUCGGACGAAUGCCUCCCCGAAUUACGGGAGUCAAAGUCUACAACACGAAUAACCGAGAGGAAGUCAUCAUGGACUUGGACGUGGAGUACUUUGGUGAUGCUGAUAUAUCGAUUUCUCUUAUGAGAAUCAUUGCUAGCGUGGGCGAUGUUCAAGUGGAAGGAAAAUUAAGGAUCAUCUUGAAGCCUCUUAUUGGCGAUGUUCCAAUUGUUGGAGGGAUCCAAAUGUUUUUCGUAAAGCCACCCUUGAUUAACUUUGACCUUGGUGGGGUGGCCAGUGUUUUGGAUUUCCCCGGUUUGAAUAGCAUGCUUCGAGAAGCCAUCCAGGAUCAAAUCGCACAAAGGAUGCUGAUACCGAACAAGAUCGCCAUUGUGCUCACGGACAAGGUGUCUGCUGAAGAGUUGAAGAUGCCAAGGCCCCUAGGAGUUAUGGGGAUCAAGGUCAUUGAAGCCAAGAAUCUGAUGCAAACCGAUUCCAAAUUCGAAAAGAUUGAUCCUUAUGUGGUGAUACAACAAGGGGUUCGAGAAAAAAGGACCACUGUUGGGAGUGGACGAAACCCGUCUUGGAAUGAACUUCUGGAGUUCCCCAUCGAGGUCCCUGAGAGUGAGGAGCUACAAAUUGUGCUCUUCGACCGGGAUAAAUUUAGUGACGAUGAUUUCCUCGGGCAAGCCAGAAUCAACGUGAGUGUUAUUGUGAAAGAACACAUUUUGGAUUCCUGGGUCACUUUGGACGGAGUUGAGAGUGGGCAAGUUCGGCUCAAAUUGUACUGGCUUCCAACCUCCAAGAACGAGACGGAUUACAGGGCAUCCAAGGGAAGCAAACAUUCCAGAGCCAUUCUGAUGUUCUAUUUGGACUCUUGUACGUUACGACCAAUUUAUGGGAUGAAUCAAGCGAUCAAACUGAAGAUAUCCGUCGGGCCCGACGAGAAAGAAAGCUCAACCGCCAUUGGCACCAAGUAUGUGUUCCAACAAGGCUUCACUUUCUUUUUGAGCGAGGUGGACGGUGAGAUCCUGCAUAUCAAGGUCAUGGAUGCCGAGGAUGAUGAUAACGUACUGGUCCUAUACAACUUUUCGGUGGCACAAUUACAAUUAGAGGAGCAACUAGGACGCAAAACACAAACCUAUGACUUCCCAGAUGGCAACGGCUGGAUCAAAUUUGCCAUGCGACUGAAGUACCUAGUGACCCCUUCAAAAAGUGCCCGAGAUCACUUUGUCAUGCAAAGAGCAUCCAAUGUGGCCGGAGUAUCAAAGAAGUUUGUGGAAGGAGCUGCCAGGAACUUUGGCAGCCGCACGUCUGGUUUGGCCAAGGGUGUGGGAAGUGGAACCAGUUCGGCAGUCAAGUCAUUUGGAACAGCCACAUCUGGAGCCAUGAAUUUCUUGAAGAAGUCCCCUCGUGUCCCACAUAAGAAUGGCGAGGCUUUGUUGGAGACCAACUUGGAUGAGGAUAACGAUACGUUUGACAAUGACAUACCUAAGGGCAAACUUCCAAGCACUUAUGUGGCAGAUCUUGGGGGAAGUGAACCAGAUCUGGAACAUCUGGACGACACGGAUAAGCGCCAAAAUGAAAACGUCCGCCGUCGACUGAGCGAUAAUUUUCGAUAUUUCAAGAAAUAGAAAAAAAACAUUUCGCUUUAUAAA